CGCCCAAAAAAUGGCGCUUUAGAUUUUGGUUGGUUCGCGAGCACCAAAUUAACAUAUUAUAGGCGGGGCUUUCGCUUCCCCAAAAUAAACGAGGAAGAAAUGCAGGUCACAGUCUAUUGAAUGAACAGCUUCUUACGUUUUCGGUUUGCUCUUCGCACAUAAAGACUGCUUGAGACUGUUACAAUGGCAAGUUCAGAGGGAAAUAAACUAUGGGGUGGUCGCUUUGUGGGAAACACCGACCCUAUAAUGGAAAAGUUCAACGCGUCAAUCGCGUACGACCAGCGCAUGUGGGAGGCUGAUAUUAAGGGGAGUAAAGCAUAUGUCAAAGCUUUACAGAAAGCAGGCCUGGUCACGCAAAACGAGAUGGAACAGAUUCUUACAGGACUUGACAAGGUUUUUGAUGAAUGGUCAAAAGGCGAGUUCAAGAUCAAACCAGGAGACGAGGAUAUUCACACAGCCAAUGAACGCAGACUGAAGGAAUUUAUUGGUGAUCCAGCUGGAAAGCUUCACACAGGCAGGAGCAGAAAUGAUCAGGUUGCAACAGAUACGCGGCUCUGGCUACGGGACGCUAUUAACACUCUGAAAGAACUAGCUUUGCCGCUCAUCAGCACUAUGGUGGAAAGGGCUGCAGUAGAGAUUGAAAUCCUGUGCCCUGGAUACACUCACAUGCAGAGGGCCCAGCCAAUCAGAUGGAGUCACUGGAUUCUCAGUCAUGCAGUGGCACUAAGCAGAGAUGUUGAACGGCUGGAGGACAUCAGGAAACAUGUUAACGUGAUGCCCCUUGGAAGUGGAGCCAUUGCUGGGAAUCCCUUCAACAUUGACAGAGAACUUCUUCGCCAAGAACUAAAAUUUGAUAGUAUCAGCAUUAACAGCAUGGAUGCUACCGGACAAAGAGAUUUCGUUGCUGAGUUUCUCUUCUGGGCAUCAAUGUGUCUCACACACCUCAGCAAGAUGGCAGAGGAUCUGAUUUUAUACAGUACAAAGGAGUUCUCCUUCAUUACUCUGACUGAUGCAUACAGCACUGGGAGCAGUUUAAUGCCUCAGAAGAAGAACGCAGACAGCCUGGAGCUCAUCCGCAGCAAAGCAGGACGAGUGUUUGGCAGAUGUGCAGGGUUUCUGAUGACUCUUAAGGGCUUACCCAGCACAUACAACAAAGACCUACAGGAGGAUAAGGAGGCCAUGUUCGACACAUAUGAUACAGUACACGCUGUGCUGCAGGUGGCGACAGGCGUCAUUUCAACUCUAAAGGUCAACCAACCAGCGAUGGAAGGGGCCCUCAGCCCAGAUAUGCUGGCCACUGAUCUUGCCUACCAUCUGGUCAGAAAGGGAAUGCCUUUCAGAGAAGCCCACAGUUGUGCUGGGAAAGCCGUUUAUAUUGCUGAAUCUAAGAACAUCCAUCUGUCCCAAAUCACUGUAGAGGACCUUCAAACUGUCAGCCCUUUGUUUGACAAGGACGUUUCUUCAGUGUGGGACUACAACAGAAGUGUUGAACAGUACAGCGCCCCUGGUGGCACGGCUAGGAGUAGCGUCACAUCUCAGAUUGAGCACUUCAGAACCUGGUUACAGGCACAAAAACAGAAACCAUAGUCUCAUAUCUGCAAGGGUCAGUAGUAGGUACUCUUGCAAAGAUGAAUUUGGCAUGUUAUGC